AUGGAUAUUACUUUUUACCAGCAUAACAUACUAGCACAGUUCUACAAGAGGGUUCCGGUUCCUGAGAAUGUGCAGAAAGAGAUCGUAGCCAGUUCUUAUGGAAUUUCAUAUGCUGCCGUGGAGUCAUGGUUGAAUAGAUGCCAAGUCGUCGGUCCUGAAGCAUUGUGGGCGGAGAUUUCUUUGGAGAAGGAAAAAUCGGAGGAACAGGAGAGGAAAAGGGAGCGGGAGGAAGAGAUGGCUUUCAAGAAGAAGAUCACCUAUUACCAGCAUAAAACUCUCACUAAGUUCUUUGAGACGAAUCCGAUACCCGAUCACGAUCAGAUGGAGAUCAUAGGCAAAUCGGUUGAGAUGACAAAUGUAGCCGUGGAUUGCUGGUUCUUCAGAUGCCGCACUGUGGGGCCUGAAGCAUUGUGGCAGGAGGUUGGAGAAGAAGCGGAGAUUAAGAAGGAGAAGAAUCAAAAGGAGCAACUGGAAGCGAUGCUUCAGUAUAAGAAUAAGCUAGAAGAGCAAGUGGAAACUGAAAAGAAAGAGAACGAGGAGUUAAGAAAGAUUAUUGCGCAACAAACAGCGGAGCUCAGGGAAUCUAAAAAUCUUAUCGCCGACAAGGAUGCAGAGAUCCAAAAUCUGAUCAAGAAUAGCGUCAAGGACCGAACUGACGAAAUCCAACAACUAAAAUCCUGGAUCACAAACAUCACUACCAUGUCUCAUGUCCAAUCAGAUUCUGUCAGAUUGCUCAAGGUUGAAAAAGAGUUGGCGCGAGUUUCCUCAAUGUUUGAGGAGGCGGAGCUUAAGAAGGAGAAUCAGAGGUUAAAAAAACAUGAGAAGGAGUUCGAGGCGAUGUUGCAGUUUGAGAAGAAACUUGAGAAGCAGGUGGAGGAGCUGAGCUUCCAUCCACAAAAAAUGAACGAUAAAAUUGAGACUACAACUCAAAAAACCCAACAGCAAUCGGUGGAUCUCAAGGAAUCUACGAAUCUUCUAGCCGGGAUCCAAAAUCUCACUAGCAUCCAGAAUAGCGUCAAGGAUACAGUCAAUGCACUGCAGGAGCAACUCGGAAAACUGGUGAACGAAAUCACUCUUUGA